AUGCCGGUUCUUAUCGCUGUCACUGAACAUUCGCUAGCAUUUGCACGCCGCACGCCGAACCAGCUCGUCACCACCUCUGUUUCCUCAAUAUUUCCACCAUUUCGUCUUACUUGUAGUCUUCCGUCUUCUCCGUCUCUCACCAAUUCCCCAUAUUGA